GGUUCUUAGAGGAGUAGUUGUGUAACUAGGGAGGCUUUUGAAUGGCUACUUCAACACAGCUGUUGCGAAACGAGAUACCGGGCGGAUUCGAUUAUGCUGAGCCGCGGGGCACCGGUCUAUGGCAAUAAUCUGCACAGCUCGAGCAUGUCAACAAUGCAGCAUUUUGCAUCAGCUAGAAACAUGCAUCCCUUUUCCAUUAAAUAUAUGUUCUAAUUUUCGGAAGGCAGAUGAAGCGUUUUUUCAAAAGCAAUCACUUUUGCAUGUGCAAAUACUGUUAACUCCACGUGCUAAAUACGUCACUUUUUGUUUUGAGACGAUUUAGUCGUGGGCUUUGAACAGGGCACCUGGCUCAGCCCGGUUCCAAAAGGAAUGCAAUCAACUUUCUCCCGGUGGAAAACACGCUUACCCGGGCCAGAUGAAUCGAAUCGCCUCAUUGGUCUAGACGUAUGUUCGUUCCGUAGUAGGUCCAUACUAGUUUAAAAUACUUUGGUGCAGCCUGCUAACACUAAACUCGUGAGUUGCGUCAACCAGGUUAGCAGUCUUCAUAUAUAAUAUUGGCAACGUUUUGCCAUGCGUUUUGUAUGAAAUGCCGCGGAAAGAACGGUGCAAGAACCGGGAAACAUUUUCCACCAAUCGCCAGUCACCAGUUUUGGACAUUAUCUGACACAUGCCAAUAAUUCUCUAGCUAGGGAGUUGAAAUAAGGUAGUGUGAGUCCAAGCAGGUGUCACUGGAUAGGCUAACACAAGACGGCCCAGACAAGGUUUCUCGGGUUUGAUUAACCAACAGGACACUUGGAAACAUGUCGGAGAAACGCCGGUCGCGAUGGUAUUUCGGUGGACUUUCCUCAAGUGCUGCCGCCUGUAUUACACACCCCUUAGAUCUGAUCAAGGUGCACCUCCAGACACAGCACGAGGUGAGGAUGAGGAUGGUGGGAAUGACCAUGAGUGUGGUGCAGAGAGAAGGUGUUCUGGCUCUCUACAGCGGCCUCAGUGCCUCCCUCUGUAGACAGAUGACGUAUUCUCUGUCCCGCUUCGCCAUCUAUGAGACAGUGAGUGAUCAGAUGAAGGACAGGACCCAUGGUCCCAUGCCCUUCUACCAGAAGGUCCUUCUGGGGUUGGUUGGAGGAUUUGCCGGGGGAUUCAUUGGGACCCCAGCAGACAUGGUUAAUGUCAGAAUGCAGAAUGACGUUAAAGUACCACUAGAACUCAGGAGAAAUUAUGCUCAUGCACUAGAUGGACUGUUCCGGGUAUGGAAAGAGGAGGGAAUGAAGAAGCUGUUCUCUGGAGCCACAAUGGCAUCUUCUAGAGGAGCACUGGUCACUGUUGGACAGCUGGCCUGUUAUGAUCAGGCCAAGCAGCUGGUUCUGGGGACUGGAGCCAUGCAAGAUAACAUUCUAACUCACUUCCUGGCCAGCCUCAUCGCAGGAGGCUGUGCCACUGUCCUGUGCCAACCACUGGAUGUCUUGAAGACCAGGCUGAUGAACUCAAAAGGGGAAUAUGUGGGCCUGCUACACUGUGUGAGAGAUACAGCUAAACUGGGACCCAAUGCCUUCUACAAGGUAACUGUUGUGGGCCUGCUACACUGUGUGAGAGAUACAGCUAAACUGGGGCCCGAUGCCUUCUACAAGGGUCUGGUUCCAGCAGGCAUCCGUCUCAUCCCUCACACGGUCCUCACGUUCAUCUUCCUGGAGCAGCUCAGAACCUGCUGCGGCAUCAGGAUCGUCACCUGAGAGGGGUCAGGGGUCACCACCUGAUCACCUAUUGAGUAGUCUGAAAUGUGACCUCUGUGUCAGGACUGCCAGGCCACGCCCAUUCCCUUUGUUCCCUGUUCUGUUCUAUGUGAGCAGGAAACUUUAAUCCACCUGCAACCUCCCCCAUCCUAAACCCCACCUUCUGGAUACAGACUAGUGACUGACUGAAGGAGGGGUUCUGGAUACAGACUACUGACUGACUGAAUGGGGGGUUCUGGAUACAGCCUAGUGACUGACUGAAGGAGGGGUUCUGGAUACAGACUACUGACUGACUGAAUGGGGGGUUCUGGAUACAGACUAGUGACUGACUGAAGGGGGGGUUCUGGAUACAGCCUAGUGACUGACUGAAGGAGGGGUUCUGGAUACAGACUACUGACUGACUGAAUGGGGGGUUCUGGAUACAGACUAGUGACUGACUGAUUGGGGGGUUCUGGAUACAGCCUAGUGACUGACUGAAGGAGGGGUUCUGGAUACAGACUACUGACUGACUGAAUGGGGGGUUCUGGAUACAGACUAGUGACUGACUGAUUGGGGGGUUCUGGAUACAGCCUAGUGACUGACUGAAUGGGGGGUUCUGGAUACAGACUAGUGACUGACUGAUUGGGGGGUUCUGGAUACAGCCUAGUGACUGACUGAAGGAGCGGGGGGGUUCUGGAUACAGACUAGUGACUGACUGAAUGGGGGGUUCUGGAUACAGACUAGUGACUGACUGAAGGAGGGGUUCUGGAUACAGACUAGUGACUGACUGAAGGAGGGGUUCUGGAUACAGACUAGUGACUGACUGAAGGAGGGGUUCUGGAUACAGACUAGUGACUGACUGAAUGGGGGGUUCUGGAUACAGACUAGUGACUGACUGAAUGGGGGGUUCUGGAUACAGACUAGUGA